AUGCCUGAGGUGAGCGAAAUAGUGUUGAAAUUUUGCUGUUGCGAACACAAGCGGUUCCAUGGUGUAGCGGUUAGCACUCAGGACUUUGAAUCCUGCGACCCGAGUUCAAAUCUCGGUGGAACCUUCUUUUUUUUUAUUUUCGCAGCAAAAUUUUUGAAAUUCAAAUAUUUCGAAAAAAAACAAUUCAGAAAUCGAAAUUUGAAAAAUUCUGGAUUUUUAGCGCGAAAAAUUUGAAUUUCAAAAAUUCAAAUCUUCCGCCAAAAAUCGAAAUUUCAAAAAUUCAAGUUUUCGCGCCAAAUAUUCAAUUUUCAAGUCAUACUAGACUCUAGUUGAAAAAAAACCAAAAAAUUUCGAGCUGACAAGAAUAUCAACAAAAUGAAACGCCUGCGCCACUGGCCGGUUCCAUGGUGUAGUGGUUAGCACUCAGGACUCUGAAUCCUGCGACCCGAGUUCGAAUCUCGGUGGAACCUACCUUUUUUUGGAAUUUUUUUUUUCGAAUUUCCAAAACCCCCAGGGAUUUUUGUGAAGAGAAAAUAUGUGUUGUUGUUAUUCUUUUCGUCUCGAAUUUCUUCCCAAAACAGAAUUUUGGGCUAUUUUUUUCCAACACCUAAUUGUUUGCAAACAAAAAAAUCCCGUGUUUUUGCCAUUUUUCGCUGAAAAAAAUGGAGAAAAGAGGAGAUUUUUGAGAAAUUUUUGUUGAAAAAUCUGAUUUGUUCAAUUGUUCUUCUUUUCCGCCCGAACUUUUUCGUCUUUUUUUUUGAAUUUGAAUUCGAAUUUGACAAGAAAAGAACUUCUUGUUUGUGUUUUCCCGCGCAUUUUUUGGCGGGCUUUUUUUGUUAUGUCAUAUACACACGAAGUUGUUCAAUAUGCUCCGACUGAAGAGCGUGAAAUCCACGCGCUGAUACGUGGCAAACCCUCGUUUUGUAAGGCAAAUAUUCGGGUUGAUACAAUGCAGGUAUUUUCAUAGAUUGCUCAGAUUAGGAUAAAAGAUUGCUCAGGUUAGACCCAUAAUUUUUCUCGUUUUUUUGCAGUUUCAAGAACGUCUAACUUAUUUGGAUAAACGAUAUGAUCAUUUGCGAAAAAUGACGCAUACGCUGAGGAAAAAAGUGAAUGAAUUGGAGGUGGGUCUGUGAAUUUGCGUCACGGUGUUGCGCGGAAAAUUUGAAAAUUUAAAAAUUUUCUUUAAAUCCAAAAAUUUUUGAAAUUUUCUUUAAUUAAAAAAUUUUGAAAUGUUCUUUUAUUCGAAAAUUCAAAUAUUUUCUAUAAUUUGAAAAUUUUGAAAUUUUCUUUAAUUUAAAAAUUUUCUUUAAUUCAAAAUUUUUGAAAUUUUUUUAAAUUUAAAAAUUCAAAUUUUCUGAAAAUUUAAAAAUUUCGAAAAUUCAUAAUUUCGCUCCAAAAUUUUCGAAAAUUCAUUGAAAAUUUAAAAAUUCUGAAUUUUUUCCCGCCAAAAUUUUUAAAAUUCAAAAGUUUCCACCAAAAAUUUAAAAAUUCAAAUUUUCCCGCGAAAAGCCGAAAUUUAAAAAAUUCUGAAUAUUUGGAAAUUUAAAAAAUUCAAAUUUUCUGAAAAUUUUCGUCGAAAAAUUUAGAAAUUCAUAAUUUCGCUCCAAAAUCUUCGAAAAUUCAGAAAAAAUUUCAAAAAUUCAUAAUUUCGCUACAAAAUUUUUAAAAUUCAAAUUUUCGCGCCAAAAAUCGAAUUUUCGAAAAUUCAUAAUUUUGCUCUAAAAUUUUCGCAAUUCAAAUUUUUCCUUCAAAAUUUCUGAAAUUUCAGUUUCCGCGCUAAAAUUUAAAACUUCAAAAUUUCCUAAAAAAAAACGCAUGCUGACCUAGAAAACCAAAUUUGUGUUUUCUAGGCCAAUCUCUUCACAAAAUUGCGCUAGAGCUCUCAAAAAUGCUCAAAAAUCCACAAAUUUUCCAGGAUAUAAUGCGACAAGACAACGAUGAAGAAAAUAUGGAAACAAUCAAAACAUUGUUGGCCGAAAUCAAGCGCGAAAAACAAUUGAUGAGAGACGAGGCGCAUAUUAUUAAAGGAGAAUUGUCCAAAACAAUGUAUAAUGAGGAUUUAAGGUAACUUCUUUGGGAGAACCCUAAAAUAACCUUAACCUUACACUAACAGGUCCAAAAUUCUUAACUUCAUUGAACAAUUUGAGUGUUUUUGGUAUGAUGAUCCAGAGUAUGUUUGAAGAGUGUUGUGAUUGUGUUUGAAAAAAAAUACCGUAGUUUCGUCGCCACGAGACACACAUCUUUCAAAAAAUCGAUGCGCCUUUAAUAAUUUUGCUCGAUUUUCGUGAUUUUCAAACGAAAAAUCGGUUUUUCCUCGAUAAAACACUUGAAAAUCGUUUAAACCGAGUCAGGCUAUCUCCAUUUUUCGAUUUUUCAUGCAGAAACAUCAAAAACCCGAAAAAAAAACAAAAAAAACCGUAGUCUUUGAAAGGCGCAGCACCAGAAACACACACAGGGUCUCGUCGCGACGAGAGAACUACGGUAUAUAAUUUUUUUUUCGAAAAAUUUUUUUUUCUUUUUUUACGUUUAAACUUGCAGAAGACGACUUGCUGGCGAGUGGAAACGAAUCGAUGAUGAAAAACGAGGAGAUUCCGAGGCUGGCUCCGAAGCUUCUUCCUCAGCCGCUUCAACAAAUUCCGAUCAUCGACCAUACAAAGAAACAAGCAUGUAA